AUCAAAAUCGAACUCCCCUCUCUCUCUGUCUCUCUCUCUCUCUCUAACCCUAGGAAAAAUCUUUGUUUUCCCUCGUCUUUUCGAGAAGAGGAGCGAGAGAAUAUCUUCCUCGUCAGUUCUCUUCUCUUUAUAUAUGUAUAAUUGAAAGACAGAGACCAGAUUGAUCAGUCAAAGUCUAGGGUUAGGUAUUCUCGCUUCAAUUGUGCACCCCAACCCAAGAGCUUUAAUUUUCUGUGUCUCUGCUGUCUUUCUCUCUUUCGGUGAACGCACGUAGAAUAUAUAGAGUAUCUUGUAGAGGCUCGUUAUGGAUCUUCGAGCCAUGGAUUUUGGUGUAUCGGAUGAGUUGUUGGGCACCUUUGUCCCCGUUUUGGUCUACUGGGUGUACUCUGGGAUGUAUGCGUUGCUGGGGGGAUUCGAGAAUUAUCGGUUGCACUCAAAGGAGGACGAGGAAACCAAGAAUUUGGUGUCUAAAGGUACGGUGGUCAAAGGUGUUCUUCUCCAGCAGGCGGUUCAGGCUGUCGUCGCAACAAUCUUGUUCGCUGUUACAGGAAAUGACAAUGAUGCCGCUAUGGUUCAACAGUCUUCCAUCAUUGUUCUCCUCAGACAAUUCGUGGUUGCAAUGUUGGUCUUAGAUACUUGGCAAUAUUUCAUGCACAGGUAUAUGCAUCAGAACAAGUUCCUGUACCGUCAUAUCCAUUCUCAACAUCACAAACUUGUGGUCCCAUAUGCAUUUGGAGCUCUGUAUAACCACCCACUGGAAGGGCUUAUCCUCGACACAAUUGGUGGAGCUCUAUCUUUCCUUCUCUCGGGCAUGUCUCCUCGAGCUUCCAUAUUCUUCUUCUCCUUUGCUACUAUCAAAACAGUGGAUGACCAUUGUGGGCUAUGGCUUCCGGGGAACCUGUUCCAUAUUUUCUUCAGAAACAACAGUGCCUAUCAUGAUAUCCACCACCAGCUCUAUGGCAACAAAUACAACUUUUCGCAACCAUUCUUUGUCACAUGGGAUAGAAUUCUUGGCACUUACAUGCCUUAUUCACUUGAGAAGAGAGCAGGUGGUGGCCUUGAAGCAAGACCUAGUAAAGAUUGCAAGGAUGACUGAUGAACUUGGGGUGCCUUAUUAGUUACAAUAUAUGUACCACUAGUUCUAGUUUUGAAAGUCUGAUUAUUUCCCAACACAUGAUUGCUUAUAUUAUCUUUGUAUAUAUUGUUGUAUUAUUAGUUUUCCUUUGCCCUUGUAAGUUGAUGAUACUCAUCAAUAAUGGAAGUGAGAGCUGAAAUCAUGACAGUGGUUCUUGUUGGCCCUUGCUUUGUCCUGGUUUCUAAUGUCUUAUUGGAACUGGUUUUGCAGUACA